AUGUCAAAUUAUUCAAUAUCAGAUAACGGCGUAAAUGAGACCGGAUCUAUGUGUGAAGGUAGCUCGCCCGGCAGGUGUCUCAUGGCCCAGCAGCAUGAGCCCGGUCGUCAUCAAACUACUGCUAGGAGGACAACAACAAGAAAAUGGUCACAAGAAGAAAAUAGGAUAGUGAUAAAGUGCUACUUUGAAAGUGUGCCAUCAAGAAAGGGUUACAGAAAAAGAAUGUUAGCGGCAUGGCAAGAGAGAGAAAUGUUUAUUGUCACAGAACAACGGCUAGUCGACCAAGCAAACCAGAUCCGCAAGAAAAAAUGGUUAAGUGAUUUAGAAAUGGAAGAAAUACAGAAAGAGGUAGAGGAAGGACAAUAUCGUGAAGCUGAUGAAUCAACUGAUGUUCUUGGAAGUGAAACCCAAGUUGAUCAAGAACAAGCAAAUGUAGCGUUAAAUGGGGGGGAAUGUAAUGCACAAGCAAGUGAACAAAUCGAACAGGAUAUAGAUAGACCGAACAUAGACCCAGAUGGAAAGUUUGUACUUGUAGAAGGGUGUGAAACAUCUCCAGAAGAGAUUUGCACAAUCGAAAAGAUGGAAAGUAUCUUGAGGAAAGAGAAAGUACGAUUACCACCCUUACGAGGAAUAGACAGAGGCAAAGUUAUGAAAGCUGUUCAGAAAGUGAAUGCUGUUUUAGCAAAAGUUGUACCUAAAGACAUAUCAGCAACAAAUGAUCUGCUAUAUGCUGGGGCUGCUGUAGUUACCGAAAUGGUUGGAAUGAGAAAUUUAGCCUCAAGCAACAAGAGGGAGCCAUGGUGGAAAAGACGAUUGGAGAAACAAGUGAGAGAACUGAACAUUGAUCUAGGUAGAGUGAAUACGUUGAUACAAAAUGAAAAAAUCAAACACAAGUAUAAAUACGAUCUUGAAAGGCGAUACAAGGUCAGACAAAAAGGACUAAAAACUAUAAAAGAAGAGAUCAAGCAAAGGAUAUCUGCAAAAGUUAGUAAAAUCAAGAGAUAUAGCAGUAGAAUCAAUCAAUAUCAACAAAACAGAGUUUUCCAAAACAACCAAAAGAGGUUUUUCAGCCACCUUGAUGGAGAAGGAGAACAGCAGAAUAAAGCACCAGAUGCAGAACAAGCAAAAGAGUUCUGGUCGGCGAUCUGGAGUAAAGAGGUUAAUCAUAAUAAAGAUGCAAAGUGGUUGAAAGACUUCAAAAAAGAUUUCUAUCAAGAAGAAGGACAAGAGAAGAUAGAAAUAACAACAGAAAAAAUUAGAAAGAUAUUGCAGAAACUUCCUAACUGGAAAGCACCAGGACUUGACAUGGCGUAUGACAUGGUGCCACAUUCAUGGACCGUAGAAUGUCUCGAAAGCAUUGGUGUUAAUGAGGAAGUAAUUGUAUUCAUGAAAGAAUGUAUGAAAUCUUGGAGAGUAGAGCUGACAAGUGGAAGUGAUGUGUUGGGGGAGAAGGCAACCGAUGCCGAGGAAACGACGAAAAUGUAUCGCGAUAAAAAUCUUCACGAGCCUCCAGCGACGAACAUGAAUAACUUAGCUGCAGGAUUGAUCUAA